CUCUUCUCUUUCUCACUCUUCUCUCUGGUGCUGUGGGUAGGCCGGCGCCGCCGGCCGACGGGUGGGGAGGAGACCGACGGGGCGAGACGGGAGAGGAGGUCCGGCGGCCGGCGGCGGCGGCGACGGCGACGACGCGAGAGCAGGGGAGCAAGGCGGCGGCGGCGGCGACGACGCGGCGCCGAUGUGCACUUGGUCUCGGUGAAGAUUGGGAAGCCGUCGUCCCCGUAGGAUUCGUGCCUCCCGACGAUGCGCCUGGCUUGCCGCCGCCGCGGAGAUCGUCGGCACCAUGAAGUUCUUCGCGGCGCCCGCGGGGCGAGCGGGCUUGGGCGCCGUCGUCCUCGUCGCCGCGUCACGCUGCCCGCUGUUCUUCUUCGCACUACUUGUUCUUCUCCUAUUCCAGCCGCACCACCAGCUUGCCGCGUCCCACGUCGCCGUGAACCAGCAGGUGAGCCUUGUGCCGGAUGCGGCGGCGGCGAAGGCGGCCGGGGUCGGGAACGGCGCGGUGGUGGACGUGGGCGACGAGGAGGAGGAGGGCAGCGGGUCGAGGUGGAUGCUGAUAGUGGUGACGACGACGCGGUCGGGCGGCCGGGAGCGGCGGCGGCGCAACGCCGCGCUCGCCCACGUCGAGAAGCACUACUUCCCCGGCGUCGUCCACUUCGCCGACGCCGCCGGUGUCUACGACGCCCAUUUCUUCGACAAGAUCCGCCAGACCGAGUUGCCAAUUGGAAUGUGCUAAUCUGAAUGCUUCUUGAUUGAUUCUUCGUGUUGAUUUCUAACCUCAAACUCCGGGUCAAGCUGGCCGCGGCCAAGAACCGCCUCACCGCCGCCGACGCCUUGCUCCCCCGCCGAUGCCUUGCUCCCCUCGCUGGCCGCCACGUCGCCGGUUGGGGAAGGACUUGAUGGCGACGUCACGGCCGGUGAGGAGGUCGACGCCGGCCUCCCCGCCCCCCUUGCUUGCCUACCUCAUCCCUCGAUGGCGGUCCGCCUCCGUGCCUGUGGCUUCUGCAAUGGCGGACGAGAGCAAUGGCGGCGGCGCGUCGCCAGUCGCCAGCCGCCGUCGUCGUGUCGCCCGUCGCCGGCCGCCGACGCCCUCGUCCUCUCCCUCCUCUCCCCACCGAAGGCAGCAACCCACCGACGUCCUCCCCAGCUGCCUACCCAAACAGGAGAAGAGUGAGAGAGGAGGAGAGGAGGGGAGAGAGUGAUGACGUGGCCAGCUGACAGGUGGGGCCCAUGUGGGUCCCACGCUGACUCAGCCGCCACGUAGAUCAAAACCGGGGUCAAAACCACCUAGGGACCUCGGAUGACCUCGUAUACGAUAAACCAAUGACAAGUUGAGGGACCUUGGGUAUACUUUUUCCAAUAAAAUUGUUACCACAGGUCCACGAGCAGAGAUCCAGCCUUACCCCAAGUACCUGUGUUAUGCUUCCAAGAAGGAGAAAGCAUGACAAGAGGUGGCUUAGUGGGUGUUUAGAUGGGGCUAAAACUACUUUUUAGUCCAUGUCACAUCAAAUGUUUGGACGUUAAUUUGGAGUAUUAAAUAUAGACUAAUAAAAAAACUAA